AUGUAUGGGAGAAAAGCUUGCCAACUCGUGAAAGAAUUUUCAAGUGGAGAAAAGGGCCAGCUCACACCCUUUAAUAAUGACUUGUUUGACCAAGUAAUUUCAGAAUGCAGCCAACAUCACCUUGAGCUUCAGGCCUUGAUAAGGAAGAUGCAGGAAGAAGGUUUGGAUGUCCAAACAGCUAGAAAUCCUGACCACUAUGGAGCCCUCAUCCAUCUAUUUUCUAUAGUCCGAAAUAAACGUUGCCUAACAGCCUAUGUGUAUAACCGAGCAGAAACUAUGCGGAACCUGUUAUGGAAGAUAGGGCCUGUGAUUCCUAAAGGAAUUGAAGAGAAGCUUAAUCAUUGGGAGGAAGAGUAUUUCAAGAAGCAUUCUGCAGCAUUGAGAGAUUAUAUGUCAAAAGCACUGGUUGAUUUGACUGUGGAUAUGGUACCACCAAAAGAUCCAUACAUUCAAGUAAGGGUCCUUGAAGACAUAAGAGAAGGCAUUGUACUUAGUGAUGAUAAGAAUCCCAAUUUCGCCCGCCACUCCAUGCACUUUCUGAAACGAACUGAUGCAGAGAAAUAUAUCUCGCGGGGCUUAAUGGAAGAGCUCACUGGUUGA